AAUAGUGCAACAUAGUAUGAAACACCAAAAGCAUAUUACAUGUUUGCCUCCAUACAUAAAGGAUGUGGGAAAGGACAAACAUGCCUUCCAAAGAUUUAUCUUCUGUUAUUUAAGUACUCAAAUGUGAUGACUCACUAAAGUAUCUAAGAAAAAAUUCCUUACUAUUAGGCCGAUGUCCUUUAUGAAUCUGUCUAUUAACAUCCUGAUGAUAUUUCCAAUGGUCUUCUGCUUUGUUUCAACCAAACAUGGAGGACUUAAUCCCAAGAUAGAAUACUCUAAAAACUAUUAGUAUCUUUCUUUCUACUAUCAGUAAUCUUCUUCAUGAAAAGUUUGUCUCAUUAUAUGUCCCAUUCUACUUUUGAAGAACUAUAUCUCUGUUCCAAAUUGCUUUUUCAAGAAACGAAAAUGGACUUGAUCAGUUUUGGAACAGGGUGUUUUCCCCUGAUUUUUGUAUUGAUAAUUACCAUGUGCAAUCUUUCAGGCAACACCCUUUUCCUUUUUCUUUCUACCUUCAUUUUGUUUCUAGUUUGCAAAUUAGUGAAUACUUUACUUACUUUUUCCUUAAUUGCAGAUUGUUAUGACCCUCUGGAUCCCAAUGGAAAUAUUGCAGUUACAUAUGACAUUGUUAGAUGGACAGAUGAUGGUUAUCAGGCAAAGAUAACCAUUCAAAAUUACUAUCAGUACAGACAUGUUGAGAAACCGGGAUGGCAAUUAGGAUGGACAUGGGCUGGUAAUGAGGUUAUUUGGUCAAUGUCUGGUGCUUUUGCCACCAAACAAGGGAAUUGUUCAACCUUCAAAUUCGAAAUUCCACAUUGUUGCAAGAAAGAUCCUAUUAUUGUUGAUCUCGCGCUAGAAGCUCCACGGGAAAAAAGAUCAGAUGGUUGCUGUCAUGGUGGAUUUCUUGCUGCCUCGGCUAUUAAUCCUUUCAAAUCUUUCGUAUCCUUUGGGAUGAAAGUUGGAAACUUGAGGGGCAAUUAUACAGCUCACAAGCCUUUAAAUAUCACACUAAUGGCUCCAGGACUUGGUUAUACUUGUGACGAAUUUGUGGACACUGAUCCAACAAUAUCUUCGGUUAUAGAAGGCAAAAGACAAGAACAAGUUAUCAGGACAUGGAAAUCAACAUGCACAUACUCAACUUUCUUGGCCAACAGAUCGCCGAUCUGUUGUGUUUCUCUUUCAACAUUUUACAAUCCUGAGGUGACACCAUGCCGUUUGUGUAGCUGUGGAUGUAAAUUAGCUGACAAUGAAGCAAAAUCAUGCAUUAGACAAAGCUCAUUACCAUUGUCUGAGCGCGAGCUAGUUCAGUGCACUGAUCAUAUGUGUCCACUUCGAGUUCACUGGCACAUUAUGAAGAAUUACAGGAAUUAUUGGAGAGUGAAACUUACUAUUUCCAAUUACAACUUAGGUAAAAACUAUUCCAACUGGAAUGUGGUAGUCCAACAUCCUGGUUUUAGCCAGCAAUCAACUGUCUUCAGCUUCAACAAUACAGUGCUCCCUACUGUUGGUGUCCCAGAUGAAGUUGCACUCUUCUGGGGUUUAGAUUUCUACAACGAUGCGUUGUUGCAAGCUGAAGAAAAGCAAGUAGGAUCUGUGACAACAGAGAUACUUUUACUUAAGGACAUGAACUCAUUUACACUUAGUAAUGGAUGGGCUUUUCCAAGAAGAGUAUAUUUCAAUGGUGAGAACUGUGAAAUGCCCCUUCCAGAUACUUUCCCUAUGCUUCCAAAUGGUUGCUCAAAGAAAAAUCCUUAUAGCAGCCAUCUUUCUCUUCUAUUCUUGAUUUAUUUGACUUACAAAACACUUAAUUUUUGGUCCUAG